AUGGUCGAUAACCUGCAAAAGACAGAACUAAGGGAUGUACUUUCUGUUCCCAGUAAAGUACAGGAGGAUCGUCAAUAUGUGCAGGAAUACAAGCCCGCAAAAGAUGACAUCAGGUACCUUCGAGUCCUCCUGUACGGACCUGUUGGUGCUGGGAAGUCCAGUUUAAUCAACUCUGUCAGUAACGUAUUUCGGGGCCGGGUAUCAUCUCCUGCUUUGACCAGUGCCACCCUCUCCAACCAAAGCUUCACCACAACGUAUCAGACUCAUAAAUUCAUCGAAGGACAAGGAAGCUCAAAGACAAUUUACCCUGUGGUCUUCAUCGACAUGAUGGGUCUGGAAGAGGGGGACAACAGAGGAGUUCAUGAAAAUGACAUCAAGCUGGCUUUACAAGGACAUGUAAAGGAGGGUCACAAGUUCAACCCAGUUUCUCCACUAACUCAACGUGACCCAGGCUACAACCCGACCCCCUCUGCUGAUGACAAAGUCCAUGUGCUGGUCUGUGUGAUCUCUGCCAACGCAUUACAGAUUAAAUCAUCAAUUCUGCAGAAGAUGAAGAACGUCAGAGAAACAGCCAGUGAGCUGGGAAUUCCUCAAAUAGCCAUAAUGACUAACAUUGAUGGACUCUGCGGUGAAAUUCAAAAAGACCUGAAAAAUGUGUACAUGAGCAAGCUCGUGGAAAAAAAGAUGAAAGACUUUAGUGCAGCAGUGGGAAUCCCAAUGAACUGCAUCUUUCCUGUGAAGAACUACAGCCAUGAAAUCGACCUGAAAGAUGAUGUCGAUACUCUGACCCUGAGCGCCCUGCGGAAAAUGAUCGACUUUGGAGACGACUUUAUUGAGAAGAUUUAAACAGACAUUAAUAGGAACCACUGAGGAGGGAGAGGUUCAGUUACAUUUACAGUGUUUCCUUAGGAAACAGAAAGCUACAGUAAAUUUGCAUUAAGUUAGGUCUUUUGAAUGAAAUUAAGCAGACAAAAAAGUUGGUUGUGUUGUAAGGUGAUUUCAUAUGUUAUUAAAAGAGUACAGAGUAACAGGACAAUUUAUCAUCUUUUAAACGGGCAGAAAAACAGGUAAUGAGAUUUUGAUGUAAGAGG